AUGGGCCCAUUCAAAUUUGGAAAGAAGUCCUCUAGGGACAAGAAUCAACAGAAAAAACAAAUACAUUUGCAUAACGAUGAUUUAAAUGAAAGACCUGUUACAUCUACACCUCCCAAACAAACGCCCCCAAAGAGCCCUAAUCAAAUUGCAAACAUUUUUCAUCGUUUUGAAAACUCAAAGCAGGCUACAAACCAAAAUCCCCCAUCGUCACGAAUCUAUCCAACUCCAGCACCAAUCGAGCAGAGAAAUGUUUCAUCCACUUCAUCUACGAUGCCUGCAUUGCAUCCUCAGACAAGACCUACUGAACAGCAUCAACAACCACCCACAGUAUAUCCUUCAUACCCUCAAAUAACAACAGAUCCAUCAUACACGGAAAAUAGUAAGACUAUUUGGAAUAGAAUAAAAUUACAAAAUUCCCCAUUCCCCAGAUACAGGCACGUUGCCUCAUCAGUCAUAUCUGAUACAAACCAAGUAUAUGUAAUUGGUGGACUUCACGACCAAUCAGUCUAUGGUGAUACAUGGGUCCUUACAUGCGAAGAUCCUCAGACCAGUACCAUGUUUUCAUCAAGAACAGUUGACAUCACAGAAACGACUCCUCCACCAAGAGUAGGUCAUGCAUCCACACUUUGUGGGAACGCAUUCGUCAUAUUCGGUGGUGAUACACACAAGAAGAAUGAAAUGGGGGAAAUGGAUGAUGAUAUUUAUUUAUUCAACAUCAAUUCCUAUAAAUGGACUAUACCGCACCCAAUAGGUCCUCGUCCCAAGGGUAGAUAUGGACAUAAGAUUUCAAUUAUUGCCAGAAAGCAAAUGCAAACAAAAUUGUAUCUUUUUGGUGGACAAUUUGAUGAUAAUUAUUUUAAUGAUCUUGUUGUCUUUGACCUAUCCUCAUUUAGAAGAGAUGAUUCACAUUGGGAAUUUAUUAAACCAAGAUCUUUUAUACCCCCUCCUAUUACCAACCAUACUAUGGUAUCAUAUGAUUUUAAGUUAUGGGUCUUUGGUGGUGACACUUUAGAAGGUUUAUUGAAUCAAGUCUUUAUGUAUGAUCCGGCAGUGAAUGAUUGGUGCGUUGUAGAGACUACAUGUCAAGAUGAUGAUUUAGAAAAUAUGCCACCUCCCAUGCAAGAACAUGCUACUUUGAUUUAUAAAGGCUUGAUGUGUAUUGUCGGUGGUAAGGACGAGCAAGAUCAUUAUUUAAAUGACGUUUAUUUCCUAAACUUGAAAUCAUUGAAGUGGUUCAGGUUACCAAGAUUCAUGGAUGGGAUACCUCAAGGUAGAUCGGGUCAUUCAGUUACUCUUCUAAAGAAUGAUAAAUUAUUGAUUAUGGGAGGUGAUAAAUUUGAUUAUGCUAGAAUGGAUCCACAAGAUUUCCACACCUCUGAAACAAAUAUGGGUAAAGGAACGUUAUUGUACACUUUGGAUCUUUCAAACUUGGAGGAUUUAUGUCCUGGUAUAUUUGAUAUGACAGAACCAUCACCUUCAAAAUUUAAUCCCACGACACCGCCAAUUAACUCCUUUUCUAAGAAAUUAUACAGUAACAAUACCUAUGAGAAUGAAACAACCCCAUCUCAACCAAUUCAUCCUAACAUCUUAACUCCAUAUGCACCUCCAAACUAUGAAACCGAACCCGAAGAUGAGAAUGAACCAGAACCAGAACAGGAACAGGAAAUUAAAAGAGAAGUGGUACGUUCUGAACCUCCCACAUAUAUUGAAGAACAAAAGAAAAUGCCACUGUCCCAUAGUGAUGAGUCUUCAGAUUUGCUUCCAUCUCAUCAUCCCUUAGAAACACCAGAUAUUGAACAAACAAAGGAAUUUGAUACUGUUCAGGAGGACAUUAAUAUAGUUCCAAUCCAGGAAGUAAUACACCCUCCUGAAGAACAAAACUCCCCCAAGAAGUUAAGAGAACCUCUUGAGGUGAAAAAGAUAUCACUUCCACAUGUUGGGCCUGACUCAUCAUCUGAUAUUUCAAGUAAUAAGGAGGAAAAAGAAGAGGAGGAGACAGAAGAAGACCAAGUGAAAGAGCAAGAACAACCCUCCAAAGAAGAGGAACACGAAGAAGAGAUGGAAAGUAUGGUGGAAUCUGAUAUUAGACCACAUUUAACUGAUGAGGAGUCUGUAGAAGAAUCUUCUGAGAAAGAAAUAUCUUUGAAUAAACCAGUUGAUAAUACCCAAAUAACCAUUGAUAGAGCCAUGCUUGAACAAAUGAGGUCGGAAUUAGAAGGGUUAAAGACUGAUGGAGAAACUAAGGCAAUUGAAGCAAGUAGCCGUAUUCAAGAAUUGGAAGCAGAACUUCAGAAUUUGAAAGCCAAUAGAAUGGACAAACAAGUUGAACCAGAACUAGAUGUGGUUAAAUUACAAUCUCGUUGUGAUGUAUUGGAAGGUAACAAUCACAUCUUGGAGGAUAAAGUCACAGAAUUAGAAAGUUUAUUGAAUGCAAAAUUCUUAGACGUUGGUAAUUUGAACACCAUAAUUAAGCAACAAAGCAACCAACUUGAUCAGUACAACCAGGAAUCUUCCAUUAAAGAGGAAUAUGAGAAACUACAAGAUCAAUUCGAUCUUGUGAAGAAAGAAAACGAAACUUUGAAACAAACUGUCAAUGAUUUGAACCUUGGAUUGAAAAAUGAUAUUACUUCAUAUUCCACAUUAUUGGAUGAUUUCCUUGGUCAAUGGAAGCAAAAGAAUCUUGCUAACACUGAUGAUGAGAGCAAGUUGAAAUCGGUAGAAACGUAUAAUCAACAUCAUAAAGCUGUGGUAGACAAGCUAUCCAACAGAUUAGACGAAUUAAUAUCGAAGAGCAAAGAAAUGACACAAUCGAAGGAGAAGCUAAACCAAGAAUAUAAAGCAUUGGAAAUGAAGCAUUCUACGUUAAGCCAGGAAUUAUUAUCAAAGAAGAGUAAAUUGGACAUCAUUGAGAGCAAUUACAAAGAUAGUUUGAAUACUGUUCAAAAUGCCAGCAAAGCGUUAGAAGUAUCGCAACAAGAACUAACCAAAUACAGAGAACUGAACAAGAAGCUACAGGAAGAGGUGGACGAGUUGAAGUACAGAAGUGCACACACCAUCAAUGAUCAAACGGGGGACUCACCCGAUUCGACGAUCGGAUCCGCGGCCGAUGAUUCGACAAUGAGGGCAGCAGUGUUCAACAUGAAGAUUAACGAUUUGAAAGCCGAGCUCUUUAUCAUCAAACAGGAGCGGGACACUUUGAAAGACGAGGUGUUGCAAUUGAAGAAGAAGCAACUAACCACAGACUCUCAAUACAACCCAUAA